ACAUAAAGAAGAAAAAAGGGCUCCACAUUUGGGUCUACUAUACAGCCGACUGAAUAAGGAUAAGGCUGAAGAAGAAACCAGAGAGAAGAGAAGAGAAUUCAUGGCGAUUUCAUUAUCUUCUUCAUUUCCAUUGACGAAUUUGGCCGCCACAUCUAAAACGCCGAAGAUUUCUACUGUUUCUUGGCCUACCAGCGUCUUAUCCUUGAAAGCCCCCAAAACCAUUCGACAUUCUUCCUCUACACAUAGGGUUUCUGCUGCUCCAGAGGCGCUAGAUUCACAAGAAAUCUUACUUGAGACUGAAAAUCCCGAGAUUCCUGGUUCUACAUCAAUCGUAUUCGACGCGGAUGCUGACAAGAUGGCACCAAAGCAGAAGAUUAGGAUAAAAUUGAGGUCAUAUUGGGUACCUUUGAUAGAGGAUUCUUGCAAACAGAUAAUGGAUGCUGCUAGAAACACAAAUGCAAAAACUAUGGGUCCAGUUCCAUUGCCAACCAAGAAAAGGAUAUAUUGUGUUCUUAAAUCCCCCCAUGUGCAUAAAGAUGCCCGUUUUCAUUUUGAGAUAAGGACUCAUCAGCGACUCAUUGACAUCUUGUAUCCUACUGCUCAAACCAUAGAUUCCUUGAUGCAGCUCGAUCUUCCUGCUGGUGUUGAUGUCGAAGUGAAGCUCUAAGCUCUGAGAGAAGAGUUUUCAGUGCUGGGUAUUUAUUUUUACUUGAGAUUUUAAUCAAAUGACAUUAUUGUACACAAGAAUCUUGUAGUUUCUUCUAUCCAAUGAGUACGGGGAAUUGUCUAUUUUGAAUACUAACUAAUCGUAAGGUAAUUGUCUUGCCUCUA